AUGGCGAACCUGUUUUUUUUUCUAAAGCGACGCGUUCUCCCAUACGGUCAACGGAAAGGUGUUCUGAAAGCGCUACAGAAAAUGGAGCAGGAUGGUGUGAUAAUCAAAGUUGAAUCCACUGCCUGGGCGCCGCCGGUUGUCAUGGCGAUGAAACGGGAUAGUAGCACACCAUGGAUCUGUGGAGACUGUCGAUUGAACUUGAAUCCCCGAUUGCAGAGAUGUGCAGCUACCACCGUGGAGUCAGAGGAUUUCAUGAAGUCAUUGCAUGGUUGCCAGUAUUUUUCCAAGAUCGUUUUGGCGGACGCAUGCCUACAGAUUCCACUCAAUGUAGAAUCUCGCUACUUGACAACAAUCAACACGCCGUGGGGAACGUACCAGUACCAUUUUCUCCCGUUCGGGUUGCAUGUAUCGUUUGGUCUAUUUCAAUUGGCAGUAGACAGUGUAAUAAAAGGACUCGACGGUGUGCUUGCAUAUCAAGAUGACGUCCUCGUUUUCGGCCUUAAUAUAAACGAACACGAUGCUCGUCUUACGCAGCUACUAGAACGAUUCGUCGCUAGAACCGCGGCUAUCAAGCAGUCUAAAUGUGUCUUUGGUUUGGGUGAGUUGGAGUAUCUAGGAUUCAUAGUUGAUGCCCAUGGAUACCACCCGAUCCGAAACCAAGGAUUACCGUCGAAUCUCCAAAGGAUCAAACACGUUUGA